AUGUCUGCCACAUCUUUGUGCAGCAGCAACAACAACAACAAAGAGAACAUUUGCGCGUCUUUCGCCCCGCUACCGACAUCCUUCCAUCUUGUGCCUACGAAUUCCCCUCGAACGCCAAACCCCCCCAGUAUAAUGGCAUCCGACAAUAGUAAGAAGUUACGCGCCGAGCUAUUUGAGGCCGGCCUCCAAAACCGUCGGGAAGUGGUCGGGGAAGCCUACGUUGAGACUGCCCUGCGCAAUGGGUCCAGCGAGUUUGCCUAUGCCCAACAAGAGCUGAUUACGGAAUGGGCUUGGGGGAACAUCUGGUCACGCCCAGGCUUGGAGCGAAAGCAGAGAAGCCUUCUCAACAUCGGCAUGCUCAUUGCUCUCAAGAGUUGGGCCGAGUUCGGCAUCCAUAUCCGGGGCGCCAUCAGGAACGGGCUUACCGAGCUCGAGAUUCGUGAGGCGAUUCUGCAGGCGACCGUCUACUGUGGUGCACCAGCUGGCGUCCAGGCCAUGAAAGUGGCCGAUGAGGUGCUCAAAGACAUGAUUGAAAAGGGAGAGCACCAGAGACAGUUGGCAGAGGUCUCGCCGAGCUACAAAAAGUCCGAGUAGAAGGAGCUGGGACGUCAUCGGGAGGACCGAGAAUAAUAGAUACGGUUUCGCUCAACUUAUUUUGUAUGCGGUGACUGAC